AGAACAGAUCAGCGCGUUGUGCCGAAACUUCCAAGAAGUCCAGGCAGGCGGUAUGGACGGACAGAAGGACAACCAGGAUCCACCUCCACGGCCACUGGCUCGCCACCUUUCUGACGCAGAUAGACUGAGGAAAGUCAUCCAAGAACUUAUGGACACUGAGAAAUCUUACGUCAAGGACUUGAGCUGCCUCUUUGAGCUAUACUUGGAGCCCCUUCAAAAUGAAACCUUCCUUACCCAGGAUGAGAUGGAGUCCUUGUUCGGCAGUCUGCCAGAAAUGCUGGACUUCCAGAAGGUGUUUUUGGAGACCCUUGAAGAUGGAAUUUCUUCUUCUUCAGAUUUUAAUACACUGGAAACGCCAUCCCAGUUCCGGAAAUUGCUCUUUUCCCUCGGAGGCUCCUUCCUGUAUUACGCUGACCACUUUAAAUUGUACAGUGGCUUCUGCGCAAACCACAUCAAGGUUCAGAAAGUUCUCGAGAGAGCCAAAACAGACAGUGCUUUUAAGACCUUUCUGGAUGCUCGAAAUCCCACAAAGCAACACUCUUCUACACUGGAGUCGUAUCUCAUAAAACCUGUUCAGAGAGUGCUGAAAUAUCCUUUGCUUUUAAAAGAGCUGGUGUCUCUGACAGAUAAUGAGAGCGAGGAGCACUACCAUUUGACAGAAGCACUGAAGGCAAUGGAGAAAGUAGCAAGCCACAUCAACGAGAUGCAGAAGAUCUAUGAAGAUUAUGGCACUGUAUUUGACCAACUGGUUGCAGAUCAAAGUGGAACAGAGAAGGAGGUGACAGAGCUUUCAAUGGGAGAACUUCUGAUGCACUCUACAGUUUCCUGGCUGAAUCCUUUCCCAUCGCUGGGCAAAGCAAGAAAAGACCUUGAACUUACAGUGUUUGUUUUUAAGAGAGCUGUAAUACUGGUCUAUAAGGAGAACUACAAACUGAAAAAGAAAAUGCCUACUAACGUUCGUGCUGCACAUAAUUAUGGUGACUUGGAUCCAUUUAAGUUUCGUUGGCUGAUUCCUUUAUCCGCUCUUCAGGUUCGACUGGGGAACACAGCAGGAACAGAGAACAGCUGUAUCUGGGAACUGAUUCACACAAAGUCAGAGCUAGAAGGCAGGCCAGAAACAACUUUUCAGCUGUGCAGCAGUGACUGUGAGAACAAGACAAACAUCGUGAAGGUGAUCCGUUCUAUUUUGCGGGAGAAUUUCAGACGUCACAUAAAAUGUGAACUGCCGCUGGAGAAAACAUGUAAAGAUCGCCUUGUCCCACUCAAGAACCGUGUACCUGCAACAGCCAAACUGGCUUCCACGAGGUCCUUGAAGGUACUGAAGAAUUCACCCAGCAGCGAGUGGAAUGGUGACCCGGGGAAGGGCACCUUCCAGGACUCUGACGAGUGCAGCCUGAGCAGCAGUACUCAGAGCAGCAGCUGCCACACCGCGGAGAGCGUGCCGGAGCCCAAGGGCUCAUCUCCCGAUAAACACGAAGAGAGCUCUGCGUCCGACUUCACUAACGUCCUUGUCAAGGAAUCCGAUAUUCUCAGUGACGACGACGACGACUAUCAUCAGAGCUUAAAGAAAGGCAGCCCCACAAAAGACAUUGAAAUCCAGUUCCAACGGCUGAAGAUCUCGGAGGAACCGAGCACAGACUCUGAACGGGAUAAGGCCGCUGAAAACGAGGGAGGAGAUGGCUUUGAGGCGGGACAGCACCCGAAGCUGGUGCGUGGCCAUUUCUGCCCGGUGAAGAGAAAAGUAAACAGCACGAAGCGCAACAGGGGGACCUUAACGGCCAUGCAGGAACGUCACCAGUCCCUUGACAGCCACUCGGAGGCUGCAAACCUGGACCUGAACUCUAUUUUAGAGAGAGAAUUUAGUGUCCAGAGUUUAACCUCUGUAGUCAAUGAGGACUGUUUUUACGAAGCCGUGGAGAGGCAUGGGAAAUCCUAGCUUUCUAAGCACUAUGUUUAAAAUACUCAUUUGAAGUCCACAUAAAAUUCAACAAACUUAUUUUGCUUUAAAACUAGUAAAUUCAUGGAAGCUGCAGGAAAACUACUAUCUGAUUUUGUGCACUAAUACAUUUUUUUUUCUUCCCACAAAAAACAGCUGUAAAGGGUUCUUAAGUUAUUUUAAUUUAUUGUGGAUCAAAACUAGAUUAAGUUGGCCAAGGUCUGUAAAUCAGUUCAUCCCUGUCAAGCAGAUCUGAAGAUGAUGCAGGAUCCUUGGUGGGGGAGGGGAAGGGAAGGAUGGCCUCAUUAGUAUUUUCAGUAACAUGGAAAGGUGCUGGUGAGUGGCGGAGGGGAUUAUGGUGGAAAGUGGCGUUGCAAAACGGAUUUUUCAAUACCUUGGGCAUUUUAUUUCUUUGGUUUUCAUUUUUGCUUUAUUUAAAGCAGAAUUAAGUUAUUUUAAGGUGUUUUAGUGCACAGUAGUGCAGAAAUGUUGUUUUUGUAAGUUUCAAGAUGCUGUUUAUACUUUAUACAUAUGUGUAAAUACAAAACCAAAGCUUGGCCUGUAAUCUUUUAUUUGACUGUAUUUUUUAUUUUCUCUACCAGCCUGUACAGUAAAAGACAAAUAAGUAUUGUACUUAGCCAUGUUUUCUACUUUUUAUUAUGCCGCUUUCCUCUAGCUGGGGCUUUAAAUCCCAAAUUCUUUGCUUUCGCGUAAAUGAGAAGAGCAUUAGCAGAC